UUGGUAACCCGGGCAAUGGUUGAGCUGGUACAUCAUCUUGAGAUUCUUCCACCAGCUGAAGCAGUUUACCAUGGAAUAUCGCUUGGAGCCACAUGUGAGAGAUUUAGGGGAUUAUUUAAUGUAGAUCUAGUUCUAAGAAAAAGUAGACAAAAGAACCAUAAUGGUGAGAGUAGCAAACACAAAUUUUCUGCAAAUGAUGAGCUCAGAAGUUUUUUGGCUCAGUCAAAAGAUGGACAUGUACGACUGAUCAAAGUUACUAUUGAUAAUGAACAACUGACGUUUUCUACAUCAAGAGAACCCAUAUCAACCUGGGAGAAUGAUUAUGAUGAGCUGGUACUUCCACUGUUGGAGGACAAGAUGCCUUGUUACAUUCUGUACAGACUUGAUACUAAAAAUAGCAUGGGCUAUGAAUGGCUGUUUAUUGCCUGGUCACCUGAUUUUGCACCAGUCAGGCAGAAAAUGUUGUAUGCUGCAACCAGAGCCACAAUGAAAUCAGAAUUUGGUGGAGGACAAAUUAAAGAUGAACUUUUUGGCACUGUUCAGAGUGACGUCUCUCUGCGAGGCUACCACAAGCAUGUUCAGGCUGCUCUAGCUCCAGCACCACUGACUAUGGCAGAGGAGGAACUUCAGUUCAUUAAGCAAAAUGAGGUGAAUGCACAUAUAAAUGUUGAAACAAAAUCCCAAACUAUGCAAGGUGUGGCAUUCCCCUUGACAGCAGAGGCAGCAGAAGCAGUCAUAGCAUUUAGAGAUGGUACCUACAACUAUGUUCAGUUGAGUCUAGAUUUAACAAAGGAAGUGGUCAACGUAGCUGAAACUGAUAACAUCCGGGUCGCCAAUUUAAUUUCACAUGUACCUAAAGACAACGCCCGCUACCAUCUAUUCAAGUUCAGUCACACCCAUGAAGGAGAUUCUAUAGACAGUAUUUUGUUUAUCUAUUCCAUGCCUGGCUACAAGUGCUCAAUAAAAGAAAGAAUGUUGUACUCCAGCUGUAAGUCUCCACUAUGUGAACAACUGACAUCUAAUGGUAUAGAGAUAGAGAAAAAGAUUGAAAUAGAUGAUCCUUCAGAAUUAACAGAAGAGUUCAUAUAUGAUGAAAUUCAUCCUAAAAAAAAUGCUGCCAGACAAGCUUUCGCCAAGCCCAAAGGUCCUGCCGGUAGAGGGCCCAAAAGAAUGACCAGAAACACAGAGUAGAUGCUAUUUAAAAAUAAUUUAUGUGUUCCCCUUUUCACUCUAUUUUAACCACUAAAGUUUACUUCUUCUAUAGUGAACAACAGAUAUAGGGUACCACAGUGUUUCAAUACAUUACAUAUAUUUUUCUACUAUCAGUUUGAUUACUCAGCGGGACUUUUAUAACAUUGUGGGCCUUGUUUUAAAAGUUUGUUUUUUUGUUAACCUUCUGACCAGACUUCAUGAUUGUUUAGCACUACAGUUUAGAACAUUAGUGUAAAUGUUCAAUGAACAAUGUCGUGCCUUAAAUGAAGAAAAAAAACUAUUUGUUACAAUGAUAAGAAAAAAAUGCAAUAAAGUUAAACUGUUUUAUAAUGCCAAUUAUCUAGAGUAACAUUUUAUUAAUAUUAAAAGACACAUUAAAUUACAAGAUAUUUAUAUGCUAGAUUUCUUUAUUUUUAUAAAACUUUUUGCUUUAUUAUAAAUAAUUAGAAAUCUUUAAGUAGUUAUGCCUGUUAAUGUUUGAAAAGAUAUAACUGUCUUUACGGAUAUGACAUACAUGUGGUUUGUGUUGGAUCUCAAAUAUCUUUGUCCUAAGUUGCUCUCUAUUGUACAUUCAUUGUAAGUCUUUUUGGUUAAUGGAAUGAUGCAGAAGUAGGCAAGCAGAUUUUUAGCAUUUUUUAGACACAUUUUUUUCAUUAUAAUUUUUCUCAUAAAUCUAAAAAUAUUUAAAUUCAGAUACUUUUUCCAUAAUUAAGAAAUUUGAUUUUUUUCUAGCAAAUGUACAUAUCAUUUUUUUGAACUGUCAAGUUUGUAUUUGUAAUUUUUCAGAGCUAGUAAUGAAUAUCAAAUUUGUUUGAAUGAAUAAUUGAAUUGUGUUCUUUGUUUUGUUCACCAUAUUUUCGCGCAUAUAUUCACACAUACGUAUACCCCUCGUAAAUUACAAAAUAAGUAAAAACUAAAAACUAAAUCAUACAACCUUUACCCUUAUAAACUUGGCAUAUGCAAAGCACGACUAGCUGCUAACUACUGGUACAUAAAGUUGUUGCUCGAACUUUGUAGCUUUAAGAGUGCAUCAUAUGGAAUUAAAUUAUAUUAAUUAUGAAUUGUUUUCCGAGGUUUUUUUUAUGAGAUCAUACAGUGACAUGUAGGAGGUAUAAAGACCCACCCGUGUGUCCAUAGUUUCCAUUAUGCUAUGUUUAUGUGUAAAAUAAAUUUUCUAAACCCAGCAUCUUUGUAUACCCCACCAUUCUUAUAUAACCUGAGGGUUAUGUGUGUGAAAAUAUGGUAGUCUGUUGAAAAAUGUGUAGUGAUGUUAUUUAUUUUUUUGGUGGUGUUUUUUCUGUUGUAGGAUGUAAGGGGUCAGACACUGUAAUUAACAUUUUAAGCAACAGAGCUGUGAUUACGUUUAUAUGUGCACUUGUUACUUUGAGCAUUUCUAAGCAUAGAAUUGGCCUGUGAAAAAAAACUAUUUAUUGAGUCCUGAAAAUUAUCACAUCAUAUUUCAGACAGAAAGCACUUUCAUAUCUGUGAUAGGUGUAACCUGUAAAAAUGGUGGCUAUGUUGGUCUACUGUGGUGUAUUGUAACUAGUUUUAUCCUAUGAACAUAAAAGAAAAUUAUAGUAACUUUUAUAUGGUUACAUGCCAGAUGUCAAAGUAAAGAUGCCAUCAACAUUGUCUUUCUUUGAUUCUAAAAAUCAGGGAGUAUAACAGAUGUGUAUGAGGUAACAUCAUUGUGAUAAGUUACUGGCUUUCAUUUAACAAUUGUAUCAAUCUAUUCAAAUAUUUUACAUUACUCAAUUACAAUAAACAAAGAAAACCUCCUCAGAAUGGGGUUAGAGAAAGAUAACAUAUGCAUUGUGUGUCUCACUAGGAAAUAAUUUUUUGCUAAUGUGUGGUACAUAGUAACACAGCUGUUAGAUAAUUUAAGAAAUAGAAAUUUAAGCUUAUUGUUUCUUAUGUGCAAUGAUGUUCACUUGUUGUCAUACAAUCUUAAUUUUCUAGAGUUUCAUUUCUGUGUUCGUAACAUUCCUUCUAGACUUUAGCAGUUUCAUUGUUUUAUGCUGCAUCCAGGGUUUUUGUUUUCUUUCUUCAUAUUUUCAAUGCUAGACUUGUGCUAAACUUUUUAAAGUAGAUGACAGUAUUAAUGUUUCUGACAGAGAACAUUUAUGAAGAAAAUAUCAAUGAAAAAGAAGAGAUGCUCUACCUGAUUGUAAAAUUGAUAUUAAGUAUUAUUGGAAAAUACAUGAAGGUAAAUACAAAUAUUAACAAACUGUAAAAAGAAUAAAAUAUUUUUUUCACCCCUUUCAA